AGAUUUAAAUGUGACAGACAAUCUUGAAAAGAUUAAACAGGCCCGAACAAAAGUUCUACGUCUCAAAAAAAAAAAAGAGAAAUUGAUAUACAGUACUCUCUCUUCAGUCUUCGGAGCCAAGCAAGAGGUCUGACACCGAAACACCAGCAGUUAGGAGGGAGAAGUCAACACCUACCGGCCACCAGAUCAGAGGACAAGGCAGCAGACAACGGAGCACGGCACGGUGGCAGAGAGCAAAGCAACCCUCUGACCAAGAACCGAUCCCGGCUACGCAGCGGAGAUUUGGAGAUCUGGCAUCUCAGAGCGGGAAUUCAGUGGGCAAAUGAGGAGCAAGACAAGAUUAGGAGGUCAGUAGAACACCCGAUGAGUAGCUUCCAGAUGCACCUGAGCGGCGGGGGCGGGGGCGGCGCGGGUAGCAGGAUGAUGCCGCCGAAGCAGCUGCUUACCAUCAUCAUUAUCAUCUUCUCCACGCUCUCCUUCAUCAAGCUGCUGUUCCUCACCAGCUCCUCGUUCUCGUCAGCGGGCUCGACCUCCCGCAGCAGCCCGGCGUGGGACGCCGGCAGCGGGGGUAACGGGACGGCUAGGAGCGCGCUCGCCGCCAAGGAGCUCGCGCUGCUCCGCUCCGUCGUCACCGCGCGGGCGCCGUGCAGGCUGCUGGUGUUCGGCCUCUCCCCGCAGCUCCUCGCCCUCGCCAAGCUCAACUCCGGAGCCGGCGCGGGGGCCACCACCGCCUUCGUUACAGACAGCGCCGACGACGCGGACGCUGCGCGUCACGUGCUCCUCUCCGAGCGCGGCGGGGCUGGGUCCGCCGCCGCGGUGGCCGUCCACCGGGCCAGGUACCGCGACGCGGCGGCGGAGGCUUGGCCGCUGCUGCGGCGCGCGCGCGGGAGCCCGGCGUGCCGGCGGCCCACGGGGACGGUGCGCAAGUCCGGGUGCCCGCUGGCGCUCACCUCGCUGCCGCGGGAGGUGCUCGACACGAGGUGGGACGUGGUCGUUGUCGACGGGCCCAGCGGGGCGGCGCCGGAGGAGCCCGGGCGGAUGGGGACCAUCUACACCGCCGCGGCGCUGGCGCGCGCCGUGGCUGGCGGCGAGGCGGUGGACGUGGCGGUGCACGACGUGGACCGGACGGUGGAGCGGUGGUAUGCGUGGGAGUACCUCUGCGAGGACAACCUCGUCGCCGCAAAGGGCCGCCUCUGGCACUUCCGCAUUGCCGCCGGUGCGGGGCCGACGGACGCGUUCUGCUCCAUCGGCCCCGUCCAGAUCUUGUAGGACCGCUGGACGAGCAAGGGAAAGAUUCCAAGAUCACUGGAGACAUUGCCAUUUCUUUCCCAAUCGGGGAAUGCAGAUGAAAUUGGCGCCACCUCUUGAUCGACAUAUUUUGCCGUGGCAUCAGCAUCACCAAUGGGGCUGAGCAGACCUUGUGCAAAGCCAAUGCUAGGAUCUUGUGGCAGCGGUGCUGAUGCGAAGAAGAUCUAGCAUUUUUGCUUUUAGGAACAAGGAUUGAGCUGUUCAUAGAAUUAUAGAUAAGUCUGUUCAAAUCUUUUGCUGAACUAGGCAGUGUUGAGGAGCAUUUCCAAGAAGAGUUUUUUUUCUAAACAGCUACACUGAAUGGUUCCUUUCUUUGUCUACAGCAACCAAAUUUAUCAAUUUAUCUUGCUUUAGUGCUUCCACAUUACAUUAUCUUGAGGUUGGCUGAGUUUUUUUUGUUCUCCAGCAAAAGUAGGAUACUGUAUUACUGUGCUACUAUCACUUUAUUUUAGUUUUUGUUCUUGAUAUAGCUGAAGUGGAGAUUGUGAAACA